AUGUCUCCAACUGCAUCCUGUGUCUCCAUGUGCGCCCCUGUGUCUCCAUGUGUGCUCCGUGUCUCCAACUGCAUCCUGUGUCUCCAUGUGCGCCCCCAUGUCUCCAUGUGCGCCCACGUGUCUCCAUGUGUGCCCUGUGUCUCCAACUGCAUCCUGUGUCUCCAUGUGCGCCCCCAUGUCUCCAUGUGCGCCCACGUGUCUCCAUGUGUGCCCUGUGUCUCCAACUGCAUCCUGUGUCUCCAUGUGCGCCCCCAUGUCUCCAUGUGCGCCCACGUGUCUCCAUGUGUGCCCUGUGUCUCCAACUGCAUCCUGUGUCUCCAUGUGCGCCCCCAUGUCUCCAUGUGCGCCCACGUGUCUCCAUGUGUGCCCUGUGUCUCCAACUGCAUCCUGUGUCUCCAUGUGCGCCCACGUGUCUCCAUGUGCGCCCCCGUGUCUCCAUGUGCGCCCUUAUGUCUCCAAGUGUUACUCUUGCGCUGA